CAAUUGCACACUUUUUUGACAGGAGUUUUGGUUUUAUUGGCACUUGAAAUUUUUGUCUAUUUUUUAGGAUGUACGAUGUUCUACAAAAAAUUCUUUGUGAUCAAUGAGAAGGAACUGUAAUCAAUGGACGACCGUUCAAAGAGUUUUCUUACUCGGAUAUUCGAGUGUGUAAACCUGGGCUUGGAGUGUUCAGCGAAGCAGGUUCGUUCGAGGGUACCGUGUCCCCCGAGGAAGAGGAAAACUAAGAGUCACACGGAAAAUGACGGCUCACGCGACUCUGAUGGAACAGAAAAGGAUACGGGGAUCAUAACAGUCGAUAAAGUAGAAGAGAAUAUGACCGACGGAGAAGGUUAUCGCAAGUCAUCAUCUCCAUGUCCAAAACCUGAAAACCAACUGCUCAAGGAAGACAUCUGCGCGGAAAUUGCGAGCGAUCCAACCUGUUGCUUCAUUAAAAUGAUCCAUGCGCACUUUGCUGCUGCGAGACACCAGUGUCAGCAAAACCAUGUCCACCUAAAGCUUAUCGCCAGGAACCACGAGAGCCCACCUGCGGGUGCGACCUUUGCAAGAACAGUGUGGUAG